UUGAUGCUUGGCGUAGCCACGUCCAUUCCCCAUAUCCUCAAGUUCUCCCCCCGGCUUUCUCAGCCUGCUAGAGUCAAUAGUCUGCAAGCAUAUUGGAUCCUACGCUACAAUUGCAAUCGUGACUACGUCUAGAGGAUUUGUGUUUGUAGAAGAAAGCAUUAGCGAGGAAUCAUGUUGCCAUCAUCUCAAGCGAUGGUGAGCAGGGCGGGAGGCUCACCGUCCGGUCUCUUCAGGAACAAUUUCUCGAAUGCAGGAUAUGGGACUUCACGGCAGAAUCCGCUGAUGGGUAGCGGGAGAUUGCAGCGAGUGUCGUGGAAACAACAAGGAAAGACGGGAUACGGCGCAUUGGAGGCCCAGGUGGGCAAGAGUAACCAGAUAAUUUCCCCUGCGGGAGUUCGGUGCCAGGUGAUCAGCGUCAAUCAGGACAAUUUCGACGCGGAGGUGCUGCAAUCGAAGCUUCCGGUGCUCGUUGAUUUCUGGGCUGAUUGGUGUGGACCGUGCAAACUCGUUGCCACCAGCAUGGAGGAGGUGGACAGUAAGUACGAGGGGAAGUUGAAGGUUGUGAAGAUUGAGACUGAUCCUAACCCUGAGCUUGUAGCGGAGUAUAAGGUUUAUGGAUUGCCGACGCUUAUCAUGUUCGUUGAUGGCAAAGCCGUUCCUGAUGGACGCUACGAAGGCGCGAUAUCGUUUACGAAAAUCGUGUCCAUGAUUGAGAAAUGCCUCCCUUCUCUUGCAGCUGCUUAGGUCAGCACUUGAUUGUCACGGCUUUUCGUUACUUUGAUUGCCAUGAUUAGUCGAAACUUUGGGAAUACAUCCUGCUUAAGCAUUAUUGAUUUCCAAAAACUACGAAUGUUUUGGUGCAAUCCGCACGAGGAAGGAACUGUGGAUCACUGGAUGAAGACUUCGCAAUCAACCCCAAUGACCAUGGUAAUGCAGCACACACUCAACAGAAUUUCUAAAACAUACCCAUCUGCUUGUUCUAGUAUCACGAUUUCCUAGUAUCUGUCAUCGAAAGAUAAGUCUGGUGCUAUUGAUGUAGUCUAUGAUUAUGGUAAAAGUGGAACAAUAGAGGGAUAGAAGGCUAUGCAGACUCAUAACAGAUAGAGCACAGAAACAGGAGUACAUUGUUGCAAGAAAUAUUGUUGUGAGUUGAUCUGAGCACGUAUGGCACAAAAAUUGGUGGGCUGUGUAAGUGUAUACAUCCAGUUAUUUCCAGCAAGCGGUAAAUCCUGAAACAUGA